ACUUCGCUGCCGUUCACCAUGGCGAAAGCUGCUUCUUCUUUAUUGCAAACCCUAAGGCGCUACAUUAAGAAACCUUGGGAGAUCACUGGCCCGUGUGCAGAUCCAGAGUACAGAUCAGCGGUUCCGAGCGCUUUAGAGUACAGGGUCGUUUGCCCCGCCACCAUAAAGGAGAAAGCCAUUAUCCCUACAUCCAAUCCCGAAACCGUUUUUGACAUUAAGUAUUACACUCGCGACCAGCGUCGGAAUCGCCCUCCGAUUCGACGCACCAUCCUCAAGAAACCCGACGUCGAGAAGAUGAUGAAGGAGAUCAAAUUCGACCCUGCUGACUUCCCCAAAGUUUAUCUCACUGCCGCGAUUGAGGAGGAUAUGAAUACCCAUGGGGGUGGUUAUCAGAAGUAGAAAGGUUUGGUGGGUUCUUAAAUGUUUUUCAUGAUCUUCUUGCUGCAUUCUGGAUUAUUUCCUUUUGUUACUCUUGUCUUCUGCUCGAUUUUUGUUGCUGCUAUUCUAUAGCAUUGUAAUCCUAAGAGUUGUUCUAGUUAAUAAUUGUCAACAUUGGUAGCAAAUUCCUGUAAAUGACUAUUAACUUUGGAAUGUUUA